AUGGCCUCUUUGGACUUUGAUCAAAAAUUCCUUGGCCGAAUAGCAAAGCAGACGGCGGAAUCCAAUCCUUUCCUCUCCGACGCUCUCUAUCAGAUCCUGGGCCUAUCUGUCCUACUAGCUAGGAGACUGAUUCGCGCCAGGAAGCUCCGCAAACUGGAUCCGACGCGAGACACACCCUCACUCUCGGCGUAUCAGCACAUACUAUGGAUGUCUCGAGAGGGCUUGUCCAUAUUGGAGCUCUAUGUGCUCCCGUAUGCGCAAGACAAUCAGCAUGGCCCUGAGUGUAGAGUGCUGAGCGUCAAGUUGCGCGCGAGCUUCUACCACAUCUUCUGUCUGUUCCACAAUCAGCCGCCCGUCACCGCGGCCAAUCUGGGAUCCACUGAUCCUCGACUACCUGGUGGGCCCCCUUUACCGAAUUCUCCUAAACGCAAGAAUGAUCCCGGGCUCUCCCCUUCAUCAAAGCGUGCAGGAAAGCAGCCUACAUUGCGUGAACCAAUCAAUUCCAUGGUCUCAGAAUCAUCGUUUGUUACCAAUCCUUACGCAGGAGCCGGAGGACCGGUUGGAACACCGUCACCUGGGCCGACGAUCAAUGCGCCACCAGGACUGAAUCCUAUACCAAUUCCGCAGCCUUCUUCCUUCAUUCUACCUCCUCUGAACUUUGUACCCUUGGCCGGUGGCUACUUCACUACAGCCACUUCAUAUGCUACGAGUUAUCUACCAGGGUCCCAUCCCUUGCGCUUGUCAGUCGCACUUGAACACAGCGCGUUUCUGUGGGACUGUCUACAUGAUCAUGAUGGGUCGCGACGCAUCGCUCGCCGUGCGAUUAAGGAUGUUUAUCGAGCUCAAGAAGCCAUGGACGACACAGAGUUUGAAGAUGCUGCCGAACUUGUUAGCAUUCUCGGUAGGAUGAUGAAGCGCAAAAGCUGGGAAGGCACACCUCGAUUGGGAGGCAUGGGAAGCCCCGAGCCGCAAGGUCCCCCUCAAACAAGUGGUGGCGCAACUGAACAAGCAAGUAGAACUACAUUCCCGCCUCCGCAACACAGUCCUCAAGCCAGCAGACGGGCAGCCGAAGCACCUCCGAGCAUAGAUACUUCCGCUCAGAUCCAGGCCAGGGGCACGACUCGCAGUCGCGGUACCUCAGCCAGUACGUCUGCCCCACGAGCAAAGGAGGGUGGCAGCCACGAGAUCACGCCACGUGUAGAGACACAACGCCAUGCACGAGUAGGGAGCCAAGGUACUACACCACCGCGUGCACGACACACGAGACACACGAGUAUGGAAAGCGGCGCGAGCACAACGCCCAGGGCGCCACCAGUUGGUGGGCGCUCUCCUGCAACGCCAUCGACGGUCCGUUCCACCUACCAACCGCCUGGCAGUAGCCCAUCCUAUAAAGGAACACCCCAAUUGGGAAGCGCAACACCCUUCUCAAUGAGCGCAGCUGCAACACUCGUCUCGGAGCAGGCCCGCUACUCACCUGGUCUGCGUCGAUCACCGCCUGCAUGGCCAUCGCCGUCUCAGGAAACUCCACGCUCGCACCAGCAAAGGUGA